AUGGCCACUCCGCCCUCAUCCUCGUCGUCAAGCGUCUGGGCCGCCGCCCUGUCUUUGCCGUCCCUGACCUUCACCUCACAGUCCAUCAAGCCAGCCAAGCUCACAUUGACGCCCCACCAUCUCUUCUACAUCCUUUCACGAUUCGAGGAGCUCGGCAUACCUGUUGGUCCCAUGAAUGUGCGACUGGAGAACAUCCACACGGACGCUUCACCCGCAAACUAUGUCUCGUUCCUCGGCAGCGCUCAGCGCAGCAAAACAAAGUCUUCCGACCGCGACUCCAUACAUUCAGUGUCGAGCGUUCGCAGUGUCAUGUCAGGCAUGUCCUCGCUUUGGUCCACCUUUCGCAUUGGAUCAAACAGUGAAGCCAAGGCAGAGAAACAGAAAGUUCAACUCCAAGAAGACUUGCGAUAUCUCUACUCUGCAUUUACUAAGAUUCCCUGCCUGAGGCUGUCUCCUGACCACAAAGCCCGUCUCAUUGCGGGUUAUGAAGAAUUUCCCUUCGACACUGCCGUCCCUUUGUUCGCUUUCAAGAAUGUCACUGCGCUUGAGAUUCACGAUGUAGACUUUCGGCAAUUCUAUGGCUGGGACCGCCUGGCCGAAAACCUUCGCAGUCUUACUGUCAAGCGAGCAGGUGUUGACGAUCCCGCUGACCUUCUUAUCAAUGUCGUCUUGGACGACAUGGACAAGCGUCGUAGACGGUCGGCAAAGACACACGCUUCUUCCGCGCCUUGGUCUACCGCAAGCCCGUCCGCCAAGGUUGAGCACAAGCCCAAGAAGCGCGGUCGUGGCGCCGGAGAAUUCGUCCAAGACGCGCCAGCGACAGCGCAGUACCUCUCCCACGCGGCCCCCAAGCUCUCGUCAUGCUCCUCUAACCUCCUCUCCAUGGGCUGGUUUCCUGCAACCAAGUGGCGCUUCUUGCGACAUCUGAGCUUGGCCGACAAUGCUCUGACCAACAUAUCAGUUGCAAGUCUGGCUCCCUUGGCAAACACAUUACAGUCUCUUGAUAUUUCUGCCAAUUUAUUUGCUGAGAUUCCUGACAGUCUUGCCAGCCUGACCUGUUUGCGCGCACUGAACCUGUCCAAUUGCAUGAUUGACAGCUUGCACUCUUUGGGUCGUAACCCGCUGCCAGCCAUCACGACGCUCAACCUUCGUUCCAACCGCUUGACAUCGUUGGCUGGUGUUGAGCGACUGCUAUCUCUGGAGCGGGUCGAUUUCCGUGAUAACAGGUUGACUGAUCCUACAGAAGUUGCGCGACUGACUGGCGUUCCCGACAUAACUGAUAUCUAUGUCAAUCGCAAUCCGUUUUGCAAAACGCACUCCACCUACAGAGUGACCAUUUUCAAUCUGUUCCGCAAGACGCCAGGCUAUACGGAAGAUAUUGUCAUCGAUUCUGUAGGACCUAGCAAUGCCGAGAAGAAGCAACUCGUUGACCGAGUUCCCGAACGCCAUGGUGUUCCCAUCGUUAAGCCGCCACCCGAGGAUGACUCGCAACCCCCGCGACACGUACCACCAAAGGUUGUCAAAUCUGUCGAUACUUCCUCCGACAUAACAGGUGUGCUUCAGCGUACCGGUUCCCUGCAACGUACCAAGAGUGGGCGCAGUGCACAAGGUUCCCAAAAGAAGAAGAAGGGCCCUAAAAGGAGAAUUGUCGAGCUCUCUCAGACCGACUCGCUGCAGUCGUCAUCGCACUCUAGUUUGACAGGGUUGGCAUACGAGGAUACUGUCGUCGGACAAGCCCCUAAGAUCACGAAGACUGCAAGCAACACAUUGGCCACGGAUACGCCCCGGCUUGUAGAGCCGUCCAAGGGACAAGUUUCUGGAGAUCCUACCAAGAAGAGUAUUUUAGAGGAGCGUACAGUCGCACACGAACCUCACACAAGCCACCAACAGUUGCCCUCAAUCGAUACCGCACCCCCGACCAAAACCGCCGAUCCGGAAUCAACGGAAUUCGACGUCAGCGAGGACUUGUACAAGAAGAAGAUCGAAGCCCUUCGGCAAGACUUCGGUAACACAUGGCUUAGCGCGCUAGGAGACGAGAGCUGGGACACCACAUCGGUCAAUAGUUUUCCUUCGGAUCGUGGGUAUAGCUCCCCUACCAUGCGGCCAACACUACCUCGUACACCGAGCCAAAGCAUCGUUUCUGGUCGUACACUUGGCUGA